AUGCGAUCAGGGCCAGACUUCGUGUCAUAUCCGAUGGGCAGAGAAACCGUGUUGUUUCUUGUCUCAUGGCCGGAUGAGGCUGGGGGGUGGCCAAGCCUGCUAGAACCAGUCAGAGGGCAGAUGGGCACAUCGCUUCCUGGUAAAAGUUGCAAUUCAAGUGGGAUACCUGGUACAGGAGAUGAGCCUGAUGUCGUUGACUUCAAUGUCUCUUCGGAUUUGCCAACACAUUGGUUGCAUAUUCGUUAUCCAGAGGGGGCAGCAUACGUCAUUUCCCCUCCUGGACACCUAUACCAGUUGCAACUCGGACUAUCGGCAAGAAACCUAUCCUCGGUGGUUACGCGCAACAGUACGAUGCCCAACACCAAUACGUUCUUGGGCCGAAGACAGACCGAUACACUUUGUAGUUUCAGCGUCGAUCUCGAAUUUCACCCAAAAGGCCCAGCAGACGAAGCCGGUGUGUCGGUUUAUCUAGACGAAAAGCGACAUAUAGAUUUUGCCAUCAUAGCAGAUGAUCAGAUGGUAGAUGGCAGACGCUUACGUCUUCGAUCGUUUAGCAACAACGAAAAUUUGACCUUGCCGCAAGACGUCAUAGUGCCGAUACCUGGGGAUAAAGAAGCAGACGCUGCUGUGCGCCUAGAGGUCAGGGCAGAAAACACCACGCACUACGUGUUUCUUGCGGCGCAGGUCAGCGGAGCAGAGAGCGAAGAUACCAAUAUGACGAUCGUCGGGCAUUCUUCGGCAAGCUUCGUGAGUGGCGGCUACACUGGUACCGUAGUUGGGGUUUACGGGACUACGAAUGGAGAGGCGACAACAGCCAACACCUCUGUAGCAUAUGUCAGCCGAUGGAGGUACUAUAGUAAAGGGCAUCACGUUGAUCACGACGAAGUUGUUUAG